AUGGCCCUCACCAUAGCCCUCAAAGCCAUCCUCGCCGUCCUCCUCAUCUUCCUCAUAAUCUCCACCACCGCCAUCAUCCUAUACUACACCGAGCGCAAACGUCAACGUCGCUUGCCCAAGCACAAACAACAGUUCCGGGGCAUCGACCCCGUAUUGGACUUGGACUGCGCCGACCCAUACGCGUUAGUCUCGCACAUGCACGCACUCAACCUCGGACCUUAUCCACGCACUGGAACCCUCAUCCACGCCCAUCCUCAACAUCUCGCUCCGGCGCACGUCCGUCAUCAUGCUCGUUCUCGUGGUGCUGCACCCCCACCCCCACCCCCACCGCCUUAUUCCAAGAAGCAUCUGACUGCCCCCCAUUUCAGCUUCAACAUGACCCGUCAAACUCGAGAUGAACCUCGAGACCUAGCACACGCCCAUUACCAGAUCGAUAACGCGGCGGGUAGGGAUCCACAGUUGCGUGCGCGGAGUAAUACGAAUCCGGAGACACAGUUCGUGCUCUUGCCGCCGCCACCACCGAGGUCGGCUAAGGGAAAGAGAACGAAGAGGAAGUUGGGUGGUGAGGGUGCUGUUAAUGGGGUGACGAUGGGUGGGAGGAGGGGGGAUGAGUAUGUGGAUAUUGAGUUGGGGAGGGUGUAG